AUGCUCUUUUUGGAUAAUUCAUUGUUUUUGUUCCUUGCUACGGUUCAGAUAUCAGACAGGAUAAACAUCAGUAGGCUCCACCAAUGCUCUCUUAUUAGUUACGGCAAAGUGACUGGAGCCAUCCCCACUUGCAGCAGCGGUGUCGGUGUCGGAGGUGGCUUCGACAGAGGCGAUGGAAGUGUAACCGAUGUGAUCGGCAGCCUGCCUCUCUGCAUCAAGUGUCACCGGCCACUAGAGGAGAAGUAUGUGGUGCAGGUGCGCGGUCGCUUGUGGCACUCGCGUUGCGCCCUCUGUGCUGUCUGUGGUUGCAGUCUCAGCGAGUUCUGCUUCGUUCUAGAGGGCCGACUGCUCUGUCGACAGGACUACCAUAGGCUUUAUGCAACAAAAUGCGCAACCUGCAAACAGCCGAUGCUGAGCCACGAGUUGUGCAUGCGAACAGGCGCCGAGGUGCACCACGUCUCCUGCUUCGUCUGCUCAGUGUGUCACGAACCACUGGUUGUGGGUGUGGAGUACGCCCGCGAUCCCACAACCGGGGCACCUGUCUGUAAACCCGACUGUCUCCGCGGCUCUGCCGCCUCCACUGCUGCCGUCGCUCCCAUUGCACCCUCCUCGGUCUCCGCCGCUGCUGUCGCCUGCAAACGCGGUCGUACCACACUCUCGGCAGAGCAACGCGCACGUCUCCAACGCGUGUUUGAGGAGAAUCCACGACCUCCCAAAAGAGCUCGUGAGGCCUUGGCGGAGGAAUUCGGAUUGUCAGUAAGGGUGAUCCAAGUGUGGUUCCAAAAUCAGCGCGCUCGGGAGAAAAAACUCUCCGCUGCCUCCGUCGCCUCGGCAUCUCCCGGCACCAAUGCUGCUGCCACCACUGCUUCCGCCGCCCCGGCCACUUCUAAUAGGUUGCCCUCGCCUACAUCCCCAAGCACAGCCAAACCGUCACAAUAUCGGCCGGGAAUUAAGAAGGCGCAACUUUUUCAUUGGAACGACUCCACCACCUCCAAACAGUGGCAAUGA